UAGAGAUGAUAGAAAUAAAGUACAAACUACAAAGAAUACAAAUUACAAGCAUUCAAAAGCUUCUAUUUUCCAUCUUCCGUGUUCAGUUUUGAGAUUUUUCCCUCCAGUUUCCUUUGAAAUGUUUAAGAAAAAGAAUCGAAAAGUUUUAGUUAAUGAAACAAAGGCGGAUACCUCCGUGUGUUCGUUUUGUGGCGAGUUGCCAAACGAUGAUUAUGGUAAAUUUUUUACGUCAAAGAUGGGAUUCUCUGUCCAUCAGUAUUGCAUGUUCUUUGCUGCAGCUUUGGCGCAAAAUGGUCGUGAUGAGGAGGGCUUUGAAGGAUUUCUUGAAAAAGAUGUUUUUAAAGAAAUAAAACGUGCAAGCAGGCUUAGAUGUGGUCUGUGUGGCAAAAAAGGAGCUUCCUGUUGCUGUUCUCAUCAACAUUGCAAGAAGGCCUUUCAUUUCACCUGUGGCUUGCAAAAAAAAUAUCUUUUUCAGUUCUUUGGCAAGUUCAGUGUCUAUUGUUCUGACCAUCGACUUUAUCAAAAUGCACCAUCAUUUCCGUGGAAGACUGCUCCUUGUCCCAUAUGUCUUGAGCAUGUACAAUGCAUCUCAUCUCCUGACAUUUUAACAACACCCUGUUGUAAGGAUGUUUGGUUUCAUCGAGCGUGUGUCCAGAAACAAGCAGAGGUCAGUGGAUAUUUCUUCAGAUGUGCUGUAUGCAAUAAUAAAUCAAAGUUUUUGAAAGAAAUGCAACGGAUGGGAAUAUUUGUUCGAGACAGAGAUGCUGCUUGGGAAGAAGGUGACAAUUUUGCGGAACUUUUGCAAACAUACAAUCAAUGUGACCACACCAUUUGUAUUUGUCCAAAUGGCAGAAAGUAUUCCAAUGAUAGUGGAAAAUGGAAAUUAAUAUUAUGCUCAAGUUGUGGGCAAUAUGGUACGCAUGCAGGUUGUAGAUCAUGGCCAAGUGGCUUGUCCAUGGUGUGUCCUACAUGUCAAUCUGUCUUUGAAAGGCUUCAAAACCAAGUAAAGACACCCACUGUUUCAUCAGCUGUUGGAUCAAAAUCUUUUGAAGCAACCAACACUUCAAGCAUUGAAUUUUCUGUACAUCAAAAGAAAAGAGGCGUUGACCGUUGCACAAAAAAGGCUAAACAUCGCUUGGAUACGGAUACGGACUAUGGCGAUAUCACAGCGGUGGUGAACGGACUUAAACGAAGAGCGGACGACGAUAUCUUGAAUUAUGAUACCAGUUUUUCUGUACAACGAGCUAUAGCAGCUGGCACUGCCGUUCUCGAACAUGUAAAUGGUAAAGAUGUUGACUAUAGAAAUUCUGAGACGCAACCUCAACCUGAAAAUCGAAAACGAAAGGCUGAUGAUAGUGAAGAUGAUAUUGUCAUUACAAAAUACGUUCCUGGCGAGAAUAUUCGACAAGGAUGCGAAAUUUGCCCGAAGUGCAACCGACGUAAGCCACCUACGUCUCACGUGAAUAAUACAUCGCUUAAAAUAUCAAGAAAACAUAGCAAAUUCAAGAGUCUAUCACAUCAAAAAGAACAAAAAUCUGUAAACAGUAAUGUUGAUAAAAUUGAUAAGAAUGAGGCCAUCUUAAUAAAAGACCAAAAUAUGGACGUGAUGAAACACGAUAAGAUGAGAGAAAAUACUAAUGUAACGAGUGUUGAGGUUCUUGAACUUGCUGCAAAGAGAACUGAUGAAAGUUCUGUUCUCUUAUUGCCAUCAAAGGAGAUACUCAGGGAUCCGCAAGAAACGGAUGUAUCUAACGGAUCAUUUUGGUACAACUCAGUCGAAAGACUUUGUCAAUUGUUGAUGCCUCGUCAAGAGGUUAAUAGUAAAGAUGAACCAUCCAAAGAAAGUGAAUCUACGGGAAAAAACAAAGAAUUGUCGUCAUCAUCGUCAUGGUUACUUGGUAAGUCUUCAGAGAGAGACAAAACUGUGUCGGUGAUGAAAAGGACUUCAGGAUGUCUCAAUGACAGUUCAUUGUCGUUGAACCGGCAAUCGCCAUCUUCAUCACAGUCCAUUAAUUUUGAAUUUCUUAGUAAAAGAGCGGGUAUUGAAGCAGUUAUUGAUCACGCUAUUGAAUUGAAAAACUCGAGUAGGGAAAGAAAGCAGGCGUGUAUCUCAAGUUGAUAUUCCCACUUGUCCUGUCUUACGAUGUGAUUGUAUAAAGUUACAGCAGUCUGUUAACGUUAGUGAUAAAAGUUACGAGUGGGGUGUGAUACUUAUUUUGUAUCCUUUCAUCAUGAGUUGUUUCUAUUGUUGUAAAACUUUUACUUUCUCCUA